UUAGUCAGUGAUAGAGGGGAGGAGAGGAGGCGAGGCGGCGGGUGUUCUGCCGAGGUGGACGUGGCGGCUCCGGCGGACGGAGCUACAAGUGACGGGCAGCGGAGCCGAACCGAGGCGGACAGCCAGCCAGCCGGCCAUGAACCGGACCCCCCGCAGGCUGUUCCCGCUCUCCCGUGUGUGCUGACGUCCCGCCGCUCCUCCACCUGGAGGUGGGACACGCAGAGGAGGCUCUCGGGGACUCGCGGCCCUCCUCGGUCUGGGCUGGACCUCUCAGCGGCCGGGGGGGAGGAGGCGGCGGCGCAGGAGGAGAGAGGAUUCGUAACGUUGGCGAUACGUCACAGAGAGCGUGGAGAGGAGAGCAGCUCCGCCCCCCCACCAUGACGGACUUAGAGACCGAGUGUCUAAGCCUCGGCCUCUGCGGCUCUCCGCCGCCGCCUCUGGACGCCUCCUUGCAGGCGGAGUGCGGCGCGGGGCCCGCCGCCUCGGCGCCGGCGUCCUCGCUGGCCCUGCUGUCCUCGGACUGCCCCACGCCCACGCUCAGCUCGCUGGCAGCCGAGAUCGCCGAGCCGCUGGUGAUGCUGCCGUGCGUGAAGAGCGAGCCGGAGGACGGAGACCUGGAGCCCAUCCGGACCGUGGACCUGUCCGAGAUCCAGCCCCUGUCCACCGCCGAGCUGGGGCAGGACCAGAUCAAGAUGGAGAUCAGCGGCCUCGACUACAUCAAGUCCGAGCAUCACGGUCACCACGGCAACCACCACCUGGGCCCCUUCCACAACGCCGACGUGUCGGAGCUCGAGUACAAGUCGCAUUAUGAACCCAGCUCUGUGUUUGACUACAUCUCACAGGUGACAGACACUCUGGAGUACAUCAAGUCGGACCACCACGUGGACCUGCAGUGUUACUACACCACCGAGCUGGCGGCCCUCAAGUCCGAGUACUCGGAGUCCAACGCCGUGUCGUCCCACCUGCCCCACAACGGCCUGGAGUCCAUCCACAUGGCCGAGCUGCGCACCGAGCUCAACAAGCUGCGGCCCGACACGCUGCUGCUGGACGGCGUCAAGCUGGAGCCCGAGUUCGGCGGGGGGGCGCUGUACGAGCUGCAGCCCGCCCAGGACGGGAAGGCCGCCGCGGAGGCGGCGGGGGGACGGGCGCUCACCACCAAGACCCAGAGCCCGACGGUCCGGAAGCCUCGCAACAUGCAGGGAGAGAAGCCGUUCUCGUGCACGCAGUGCGGGAAGAACUUCAGCACUCUGGGGAACCUGAAGACGCACCAGCGCAUCCACACCGGCGAGCGGCCGUACACCUGCUCGCAGUGCGGGAAGAGCUUCGGCCAGGCCGGGAACCUCAAGCGACACCAGCUCAUCCACACGGGCCAGAAGCCCUACGUGUGCGCGCACUGCCCCAAAGGCUUCACCAAGGCCGACGACCUGCGCUCGCACCAGCGCCUGCACACCGGCGAGCGCCCCUUCAUCUGCGCCGCCUGCGGCAAGAGCUUCGGCCAGUCCAAGGAGCUGAAGGCGCACCAGCUGAGCCACACGGGCGAGCGGCCAUACUGCUGCCAGCACUGCGGCAAGAGCUUCACCAAGGAGACCAGCUACCGCAACCACGUGCAGAUCCACACGGGCGAGAAGCCCUUCACCUGCUCGCAGUGCGGCAAGACUUUCAGCAACUCGGGCGUCCUCAAGACCCACGAGAAGAUCCACACGGGCGAGCGGCCGUUCGGCUGCACGCAGUGCGGCAAGAGCUUCGGGCGCCUGGGCCACCUGAAGGCGCACCAGCAGAUCCACACGGGCGAGCGGCCGUACGCCUGCCCGCAGUGCGGCAAGACUUUCAGCCAAUCAGGUCACCUCAAAGCACACGAGCAGAUCCACAAACGCGAGCGCGCGGACACGGCGAGCAGCAGCAGCAGCGACGGCGGCGGCAGCAGCAGCAGCAGCAGCAGCUCCUCGAUGGGCAGUGACAGUAGCUAAGACUGAACGCCUUUAACCUCCGGAGAUACAAAGUAUUAUUCCUCUUUUUAUAAGAACGUAUAUACACUUUCCUUCUCAGUUUUUCUUACUUUUUCAUACCUUUUACAUUUUAUCUGAGGCGGAACGACCGACUCGUUUGCUCUUAUGCAAGUGUCUGUGUGUGCGUAAAUGUUAUAUACUGUAGAUACUCUGAACUGGACUCUACCUGCAGGACCAUACACAAGCACAAUUACGUCAGCCACCAACUUUGAGUACUUAAUCUUUUUAGUAUUUUCCUGUUUUUUACUGAAAACCGACCAGCAGCUCAGACCGGACCCCCGUUUUACCCGUCGAUGUCCCGCCGCGAUGAGUUCGGCGUCUGAGCGCAGAAACGCUGCGGGAUGUGACGUAUCAUGAGAGAUUCCUCAAACAUCCAACAGUUUGGUUUUUUUUCUCAACAGUUUAUUUUUAUAUAUAUAAAAAAAUGUGAUCACUGACAAGAGCGCUUAGAUCUUACAGGGUUUGUCUCAGCAGCGGUCUGUAUUGACAUCAGUCUGUUUUCGUCGUCACGCAGCUGUCGGAGUGUCAGACGGCGGUAGUGCUCCCCGCAGCAGUACUUCCAGUGCAGUGCAGUUCGAAACCAGCGCGCAACUUCACCGUUUAAAAAACAAACCGUGUCCGAUGAUCGCUCCACCGAAACAAAGCACAACCGCAUCAACUCAACACUGAUAUUACCCUGCUGCUGCUAGCUGUGCUAGCUACACACAGGCUAAUGUGCCAUGAUUGACCCCGAGACGCCGUUAUCCGCUGUGAGCAGAUCGCAGCUCGUCGCCACGGUGAUUUUGACUGUAAAAUGUAGUCGUCAGGAAUUCACACAGGAGGCGUUCAGGUUCCAGCCUGAGCGCCGGACACCACUUCCGAACAUUCCUCUGCCAGAUCUCAGUAUUUCUGCGAUCAGAACAUUCCAGUGAAAGUUAAACUGAAAACCCCUCAGACCCUCUGUGAUCUCUGCUGGUCCCCUCUAUGGGUCCAGGACCCCAUGUUGGGUCACUAAAUGUGACUGUCAGGUGUUGUUUUUUUUUUGUUUUGUUUUUUUUUCUCAGUCAGAACUUUGUCUGUGCUAAAAUAACUCAGCAGGCUGUCCACCAGGUGGAGCUGCUCCCUGACGACAAACAGAACCAGUCCCAUAUUUACGUGCCUCUGACUUUUCUCUUGGUAAACGGGGUCCGAUUUUCUCCUUCCUGUUGAUGGUGCAAAAAAAAAAACAAGUACUUGAGUGCUUUCAGGCUGUGAUUCUCCCGGUAUCGUACUCAGGUGUGAGUACUGUUGACUCUGUUUACGAUCUUUCUCUCCAGCAGUAUCGACCAAUCAGGACUCUGCGGCGUCUUUUUUUUUUUUCUUUCUUUCUUUGCUGACGAUAAUCAGACUUUUAUUUCGUAACUGUUAAAAAAAAAAAAAAAAAAAAAAGCGCCACAGAAACUUUUUUCCUUUUUUUUUUUUGGGCUCCAGAGGACCAAAACUCAUCAGCACAAAGGAACCCCCCCUUCCCUCCCUCCCCUGCCCCCAGUCCUGAUCGCUCACUGUGUAAAACCUUUUAUUGACGACGUUGUUCCUAAAAAACAAAAAAUGUAAUAAAACUAAAAAAGGAAAAAAAAAAAAAAAAAA